UCUAAUAUGGCUUUAAACAACCUCAAAUCUUGCGGUCAACUACUUCAGUCCUGUUCAUUUGUAACCACUGAGUGGCGCCGGCCUUUACCUGCUUGACAUGUGGAACUAUAAUGAAGCACCACCCCAUCUCCUCUCCUCUGACAGCACACUCAACUCUCCAUUAUAAUCAGCAGCAUCAGCAUCCAACUUCACAUCUCGAGUGAGAAGCUGCAAACAUGACCAUCAACACGCUCAGUCAGGAUGGAGUACAACGACAACAAAUGCCCUGCUUGUCUAAGAUGGAGCGCAUGAUCAUUUCAAUGCAGGAUCCAGAUAUGGGCAUCAAAUUGCGCAACCAGCGUCUUCUUAUCACUGUUAUACCGCAUGCAAUGACUGGUGUGGACAUCAUUAAAUGGCUGAUUAAAAAGUUUGUAAUUUCUGAUGAAGAGGCAUUGCACAUUGGGCAGUUUCUUGUGAAAUACGGUUACAUCUACCCUUUAAAAGAGCCCAGAAACCAUAUUUUGAAAUCUGACGAUUCACCAUAUCGUUUUCAGACACCAUACUAUUGGGCUUCAACACGCUGGCCUGCCUCAGAACUUGAUUAUGCAAUCUACUUGGCCAAGAAGAACAUCCGAAAACAAGGAGAGCUGAUAGAAUAUGAAAAAGAGUGCUAUAAUGCUUUACAUAAACGGAUCAAUCACACCUGGGACUUUGUUGUGAUGCAGGCAAGAGAGCAGCUCAGGGCAUCAAAACAACGCCGGAAAGCAGAUCGUAUAGUGCUGGAGUGUCAAGAGCAAGCCUGCUGGCUUGUGAACAGACCUCCUCCGGGGGCUUUGGACAUUCUUGAUAACGGACCGUUGAGACGGACUAUGAAUACUAGAGUGCAGCUGAACACAGAAUUCUACAAAAAAGAGAUUGAACACAACAGGAAAAGCCUGGCCAGAAAUCGUCUCAAAUCUUCAAUUUGCCUUGAGAGUUAUGUCAAGUACUGUGAGCAGUACCAGUCUCAUGACCCCAUAAUGCAAGGAUCCCUUCCCAGCAACCCCUGGAUCACAGAUGAUGUCACGUUUUGGAGCAUUAACUCUAACACGGCUGCUGUGCCGACUAAACUACGCGUGGAGCGCUGGAGCUUCAGUUUUAUGGUGCUGCUCGAUGACCCAUUGGGAAGAAAAGAGUUCAUGACGUAUCUGGAAAAAGAAUUUAGCGCGGAGAAUCUGUGUUUCUGGCAGGCUUGUGAGGAUGUGCGACAUGGAGAGACCUCAAAGAUUCCUGAGAAAGUGGGGGACGUGUACAAGCAAUUUCUGGCCCCUGGUGCGAAUCGCUGGGUGAAUAUUGACAGUAAAACCAUGGAAAAAACUGUUCAAGGAAUCAAGCAGCCUCAUCGGUUUAUUUUGGAUGAUGCCCAGAUGCAUAUUUACUUUCUCAUGAAAAAGGAUUCAUAUCCUCGGUAUCUCAAAUCAGAGCUCUACAAGAAUUUAUUAGGUCAAGCUGUAGUACCACAGGAGACCAAGAAAAGCGUUUUCCCUUUCACGCGACGCCAACGUCACUCCAGCCCCUCCCCUGCGCUCACAACCCAAACUGCAGAGAAUGAUGGAAAGCCGAAGAACUCCAUCUCCAUCAGAAGCAAUCCUGGAACAGCAUCCGGCUUUAAUCAUAAAACAUGCAACAGCUAAAAUACAUUUCCUAAUGCAGUUUUUUUGGGCUAUUUCACCUCACCACAGUUGUACACACUGCUGUAGAAACACUAUAAUUUAGGUACUAUUUACAGGUAAUGGUUUAAAGAGAAUGCAUGAUGUACAGGAGUGGCCAAAGGCGAUGUAUAAUAAAAGUAAUGAAAGGGGAGGAUGAACAUUUGAAUCCCUCAGGCUCGAUUCAACCAUCAAAGCUGAGCUUCAGUUUACACUCCCAACACAACAACAUGCAAACACAUCUUUUUGUGUAGCUUUAAUCAAAUAUUUGAAUAUGAGCAAAGAUGUCAGUUAUUGUUUAAAGUUGGACAUCACCUUUGGGCACUACUGUAUUCCUCUGUUCAUAUCACACAGCAAUAAUCAUAGAUGACAUUGAGCAAUAACUCUUCGAAAGUUUUUUUUUUAAAUAAUAUAAUUUUCCAGGUAUGUUUAUGAGCAUGUUAUUUGGCAUUUCAAGUGAAUUGUGAACUGAUGAAAUUCAUUUUUUUAAACCUCUAACGUGAACAUCUACAAUCCGAUACAUUAGAAAUUGGUCAAUAUGCAAAAUCCUUUAAAACAAAACAUAAUACUGUGUGAAAGUAUUAUUUUUAUGUUGCCUAUCAUUUAGAGACCCUUAGGACAUUUUCUCUACUAAUGCUAGAGAAGACUUUGGUCUUUCCUAACUUCUUUAUGCCAGCAUUGGAAUGAGGUGAAGCCCAAUGGCAAUGUCUCCACAUCAUAAUUUCCUCUCUGUAGAUGUUUAUAAUGGACACCACAUC